AUGUCAAAGAAAGAGGUAGCUACUUUUGCUGCUGGUUGUUUUUGGGGAGUUGAACAUAUUUUUCGUAAACAUUUUAAAGAUAUCGAAGCACGAGUUGGUUAUAUUGGUGGAACAUCAGAAAAUCCAACUUAUAGACAGGUCUGCUCCAAAACAACGGGUCAUGCUGAGGCCUGCAAAAUCGAAUUUGAUCCGACGAAAGUUUCGUAUGCUACAUUAGUUGAAUUUUUCUACAAGACUCAUGAUCCAACAACCUUAAAUAAGCAAGGAAAUGACACUGGAAAUCAGUACCGUUCCGCUAUAUUUUAUUAUUCUCCUGAACAAAAAGAGAUUGCUGAGCAAGUAACAAAACAGGUUCAAGAAAAACUUGACAGUAGUAAACCAGGUUCAUUAUAUUCAGGCUCAAAAAUCGUUACAGAAAUUGUCGAGGCUAGUGAAUGGUACGAUGCUGAAGAUUAUCAUCAAGAUUUUAACGAUACUUUUACCGUCACGUCGCCAAACCUCAAUUUUGCGGAAAAAGCUUGGACUGCUUGGUUCAAUUCUUUCGAAAAUGAGGUUGUCGCCACCGCUCUAAUAGCUUUCAUUAUGCAUGAAGUUGUUUAUUUUGGGCGUUGUGUACCCUUUUGGAUCGCUGACUUAAUACCCUUUUUCCGAAAGUACAAGAUUCAAGCUAAUAAAUCUAAUACAGUAGCAGAACAUUGGCAAUGUCUUAAAUCUGUUCUUUUUGCUCAUUUUUGUGUUGAACUCCCAUUAAUUUUCAGUUUUCAUCCCGUGGCUACAAUGUUCGGAUUGGAAAUAACCACAGUUCCAUUCCCUCAAUGGCAAAAAAUGACAUAUCAAGUUGCUUUGUUUUUUCUUUUUGAGGAUACAUUCCACUAUUGGUUUCAUCGUUUAUUACAUUAUGGUCCUUUUUAUAAGUAUAUUCAUAAACAACAUCAUGAAUAUUCUGCUCCUUUCGGACUGACAGCCGAAUAUGCUCAUCCAAUCGAAGUAAUUAUCUUGGGCGCUGGAACUAUUGGAGGUCCGCUUUUAUGGGUUUCAAUUACUCAUGAUCUUCAUCUUAUUACUGUUUUCAUUUGGAUCAGUUUACGUCUGUUUCAAACUAUUGAUGCACAUUCUGGCUAUGAUUUCCCAUGGUCACUUCGUCAUUUCAUUCCGUUCUGGGCGGGCGCCGAACAUCACGAUUAUCAUCAUAUGGCAUUUGUUAAUUGCUUUUCUACUUCGUUUAGAUGGUGGGAUUAUUUAAUGGGCACUGAUUUAAAAUACAGAGCUUACAGAGAAAAGAAGGAAGCAGAGCUCAAGAACAGUGGAAAGGCAAAAGUAAAAGCCAACUGA